AUGUUCCCCAUCUUCGCCAUCCUCCUCAUCCUCAUCCGUAUCAUCACCCGCACUGCCACCCUCCUCUUCAAGCAAUACCACCUCCUCCAGCUGUACCAAACCCUCUGCUUGAUCCUCGACCACGUCCGCCCUGCCAUCGGCAUCCCCAUCUUCGGCAUCAUCACCGGAAUGACUCUGUCAAACUUGUUCCCGGGUCUCAGCAACGCCGACAUUGCGGUUUACGCUGGUUUCAUCGUGUGCGUGGAGUGGAUAGAGAGUUGCGUCGUGUGGUUUCAUUGGGGUGGGUGCAAAGCUGAUGAGAAAGGGAGCAGCAAACUGUCCGCGGGUACCAUCGACGGGCCCGCUCGGGCACACGAUAUAACAGCAAGUUCACCAGGACCUUGGGCAAACACACAAGGGAGCCAGCACUAUGCGUUGACACAGAAAGGAAUGGGCAUCAUAGAGGAGAUAAUAGGAACUUGA